UUCGCACCACAUGGCCAGAUCUUCAAAAAUUCCCGCCGGCACUUGAAAAUAAGUAAAUCUGGCGCGAAAAGAAGAAAACCAUAAAACCGCAAUUUCAUGAUUCCCACCAUAUUUCAGUUUCUCAGAUUACUGCCUCAAUCUCUCGCCCCCAAAAACCAUUUUCAGUUCGAGAUUUGAGAGCCCAUUUCGAAUUUGUUCCCUCCACCGCCAAUUUUGAAAUUUCCCCCACUCCCAAAAUCGAAAUAACUUGUAAUCUUGCAUAUCAUUCAGAGCGAAAUCAAAACCCUAAUCAAAUCAGCUACUCUCUGUUUCUUCCCUUCUCAACCUCACCAGAUAAAGUACAGAGCAACUGAGGAACAAUAGAAAUGGCUACCCAGUUUCAAACUUUGCCUCCUCUCAAACGGUUCAGGCUCAUGCAACAGCAGCAGGAAGAUGAAGAAAACAAAGAAAACAUCCCCCCGCCGUCAAUGCCUUCUUCCUCUUCUCCGCAGCUCCUUCCGGCCAAGAAGCGAAUUGAAUCUCGGAAACCGCCGCUUCAACCUCUUUCUCCUCCCCGUCCUGCAGCUGCGGCGGCGGUCGCUUAUUCUCUGCCUACCAAGAAAAGGGUUUGGGCGUUUCAGCCUCCAGAUCUCAACGACGACGAGUGUUCAGUUAAGGCGCCUCCGCCGCCACCAUUUUUGCCUCUCGAUUUGAAUGUUAAGUACGACCCUCGUUCUGAUUACGAAGAAGGUCAUAAUCAUAACAGGAAUGAGAAGAAGAGACAGGAGGAAAAUCAUAAGAUCCCACUCUUAAGCUUAAAAUCGACUGAAUCCACCCAAGCCGAUGGGGAAAAUGAAAUUAGCCAAAUUGUCAGUGAAGAAGAAGAUGAAGAUGGGAUCCUCUGCGCUGUCUGCGGCAGCACUGACGGAGACCCAUCAGAUCCAAUCGUAUUUUGCGACGGCUGCGAUCUAACGGUCCACGCGACAUGCUACGGUGCGCCAUUGAUCGAUGGCGUGCCUGAAGGCGACUGGUUCUGUGCAGAGUGCUCUGUUCCCGAUGGGACCACGAAAAACCGGCCUUCGCUGUCUUGUUCCCUCUGCCCCAAUCAGGGCGGCGGGUUGAAGCCAACGAAAAAGGACGGAGUGUGGGCGCACAUCGUGUGCGCGCUUCUGAUCCCCGAGGUGUUCUUCGAGGACCCGGAUGGCCGAGAAGGGAUCGAUUGCUCGAAAGUUCCCAAGAGAAGGUGGAGGGAGAAGUGCUAUGUUUGUAAGAGCAGGGGAGGGUGUGUUAUGGAGUGCUCUGAGAUGAAUUGCCCCCUAGCUUUCCAUAUUACUUGUGGGUUGAAGGAGGAGUUGUGUAUUGAGUAUAGAGAUGGAGGUAGUAAGAGGAAGGAAGCCAUUGUUGCAGGGUUCUGCAGAACCCACACUGAUCUUUGGGAAAAGCAACAGGGAACAGGGAAGUACAAGAUUGUGGCCAGAGAGGGGUAGCAAGGAAAGCAAGUAGGCGCCAUGGAUGGUUAAUAGUUUUUUAGUUUGUGUUAGUCCUUUUCUUCGUUAGAGUUGGUGUUUCCUAUCGCUAAGUUGCGCUCAAGGUUCGAAUUCAGUGUAUGCAUUUGAUUUUGUUUCUUCAUCUUGCGUAUUACUUUUGUUGUAGAUCCAGAAGAGUUGACAUAUUUCUGGUUUUGGUGGGAAUGAAAUCGACUUUUGUUGACAUGAGAAAGGUUUCAAUAGGCACCUUUGGAAUUUGGAUUGCAACGCAUCAUCCGGUUUCUGGUUAUGGCUAAUCCGACAAAGUGUUAUUCAUUUCGGUUUUUGACUUCUGAUUGAUAGUUUUGCCGUUAUUGGUUAAUCGAUUCGGACUACUCAACCAAACCAAAUCGAUUUAACACCCCCUACCUAACCAAACUGCGUAACAGUUCACAACCUUUGGACUACACAAGGAAAAUUUGUAUUGUUGUAACUUGUAAGAAAUAAACAAUUAACAAGAUGAAGAUCCACAAGAAACUUGAACUUAGAUUGUUUAGUACAAGAAACGAAUUAAGGAAUAUAGGUGUCAUGCAUUCCCUGGGUUGAACCUGCACCAGAUCAGAUGGAUCUUUUCCUCAUGUAAUACAGCUCCUAAGCUACCUACUUAGUUUAAUCAUUAAUUAAGAAACAUUGUUUAC